AUGGCAAGAGAAGGUCCAGAACAACGUAAACAACGCCUGAUAGCCAACGGCAUCAGCAAGAAAUGGGACAUCAAGCGGCGAAAUAGAGGGCCUCGGGGUAUCACAAACACUGGUAACGACUGCUAUCGCAAUGCAACACUGCAGCCAUUAUUCCACUUUCCCCGCUUCAUCAAUUGGAUCAAACAACACAAUGGUGGCGGCGGAAGAUGGCCUUGCAAUUCUACUGAUCGAAAUCGAAGCCUUGACUGCCUCGAUGCUAUGACGCAGGGCAUUCUUCGAGACGAAAGCUACAAGAACAUAACUUUGACACAGAGAGCUGCUUGUGAUAAAAAUCCCAACGGCGGCACAAUUAGAUCUUCAGACAUGGAAAAACAUGAUCCAAAACAUUACAGCGGAUGCCUUCCUUGCCUGCUGAAGGCGAUUGUUAAGGACUAUUGGAGUAAUGACCUGGUCGACGACACUGCGCCAUACCAUCCACAAUCUUUUCCAUACAGCCGCAAUUCAGUGUUUAAAUUGUACCAACUUUUCCAGCACCAAUUCUGCGAAAACCCAGAUAGAUUUUCUGAUGAGCUUGAUGAGCUACGAAGACGUAACCCGUCUAUGAGCCAAGCGGAAAUCGACCGAUAUACCCGCGCAGAAAGGCGCAGAAACAUGACUGCACAGCAAGAUGCCGACGAACUAGCCGUCCGGAUCUGGGACGGCAUUGAAUCAAGCUUCAACCUCGAAACAGCAGACGGCCGUCACCGCUCCUCCCAAUUCACCUCCCUCUUCAAACUAACCUCCACAACCUCCAACACCUGCACCGCCUGCCACACCAAAAGCACACUCAACCCGGAAGACAGCAUCGGCCUGACCCUGGACCCCCUCCAACGCGGCCCAGACACCAUCUCGGCCGCCAUCUCGCGCACUCUACACUACGACUUCGCCCCGGGCAUCCCCUGCAACGCCUGCCGCGCACCCCUCACCUACGCCAAACGCACAACCCUCACCGCAACACCCGAGUACCUGCGCAUCGGCCUGAAACUAACCCGCAUGGACCCCGCUACGCGCUCGAAAGGGAAAAUUGUGAAUCCCAUCGGUAUAGACGAGACACUUGAUCUCACACCUUACAUGGCAAAUCAAGACACAGAUACCGCCGCGCCGGUGAUCUACAAAUUACACUCGUGGAGUGCGGAUGCCAGGGCAGAAGCCGCCGGCGCCGCUGUUUUUGGUGGAUGA